AUGGAACUAGUAGACAUUGAAGAAUGUCAACCGGAUACAACAACCAAUAGAAAGAAAAGUUUGUGGUCUAAAAUUAAUAAUAGGACGACGUAUAGCUAUUUAAUUAACGUUGUUAUUUCUAUUUUAUUACUUACCUGUUUAGUGUUAGUGCUAUAUUUCUUCAAAGAAUACCUUAAAACUAUUUUAUAUUGGGUAAAUUUGCAAGACCCAAAGAUAAUAUUUUUACUAUUCAUGGGUUUGUUUUUGAUAGUGAGUUUUCCGGUGACCAUUGGGUACCUAGUGUUAAUAAUAACAAGUGGAUAUUUAUUUGGGAUACUGAAAGGAUUGGGAACGGUGGUGGUGAGUGCAAACUUUGGAGUGGCAGUUGCUCACUUUACCCUUAAGUUGCUCCGAGGGUACCUUCCCUUGGAUAGGCUCCUUAAGAAUGAGACUGCAAGAGCAUUGCUCAAAGUUAUUUCUGGACCUCAGGCGUUUAAAAUUGUGUUCUUUGCGAGACUGACUCCAAUACCAUUUGGGCUACAAAACACAAUUUUUGCUGUGAGCGACGUUGGAGGCUGUGGGUACCAUUUAGCAACGCUGCUGGGUCUCCUACCGGCGCAGGUUAUUAACGUGUACCUGGGCUCCACGUUACGCUCGAUACAAGACGUGCUGCACGAGUCCCACCUAACGGGUUAUGUGGUGUUCGGCUUUCAGAUCUUGAUCGGCAUAACGCUUAUGGUGUGGGUGGUGCAGAAGGCUCGCAAGGAGCUGACCAUCGCGAUAAUGGCGGCGGAGCUCGGCCGGGAUACGCUGUCUACCUCCAGCAGUUCCUCUAUCAGCUAG